GCAGGGGGAGCCGAGGCAGCCGCAGCCGGCCUUUGCUCCAGGGCGCUUGUUUCGCUUUCGCCACACAAGGCCCAUUGGCAAGCCAGCUCGAGCGGGCUGCCUGCCCGGCAUAGUGCCUCGCCAUUGACGCGGGCGGGGGGUCCUUCUACAGCAGCGCCCCUGGCCGAAGGAUAGGACACGGCACCGCCACGCAGUCCUGCGCACACCCCACAUGUACAGGUCCGAUGCCUGACGGCCCUGGUGCAGCAACUGGAGAAAUGCAUAGGGGGCGCCGGUAUGCCGGCCCCGCUUGCCAUACCGCGCAAACCUCAAACUUCGAGGAGCUUAUAUAGUGCGUUGUUGGACUUCUUCUCAAAGUCGAUCUAUGAAGUAUGAACGUCGAAGAGUUCCUCCAGUGGCGGUUUUUUGAUCAUGAAGCAGAUGCACUCGGAUCAAGAAUCGAAGCCAUGCGAUAGAGAAAGUGCUUAUGAAUGUCGAGAAUUACAUACUAUCACAAAAUAAUCCGCGGCGCCUCGUGCAGUUUCUUAAAUUCUUCAGCGAGAAGCGUCGUCUGAGAUAAAUGAUCUUUACUGACCAUGAUCAGCAAGAAAAGGCGCACUCUCAGUACUGGUCUUGAUUGGACAGGUUCGAUUGUAUUUGUAAAGCGCGGAUCGUUACAAGGCCGGAGUAUCUCCAGAAGCUUCACUACCUCAACAUUGAUUUUUCCCCACAGGACUUUGAGACUUUAUUUUGAAGAACGAGCACGAAUAGAUCACUCGUGGGCCAAGGUUUGUCACGAAGUUGUCCAUAAAUAUUUAAGUAUGACACUGCAUUUAGUUGUAGUUCUGCUUGUCGCGGUAAAAAAGGUUGCACUGCCGAUUCUAGCGCGAUAUGAAAGUCAACAAAGUCUCGAUCGAUCAAAGAGUGAGAUCGCUCGAUCUGAAGAGCGCGACAUUUCUGCGGCGGUGGGGUCCGCUUGAGCAGAUUCUCGAAAACGCUGUGAAAGAGAGUUGUGAGCUGUUCGUGCAGCUUGUGCUCGGCUUCUGCUCUCCUGCCGGGAGUGCAACCGCGACGAAAAGUACGCUGGGGAUUCUUGGGCGCAUUCAGCUUGCGGACGCAAAGACGGCGACUUUUUCGUAUCACAUCCGGGCGUGGCAACAAGCCCUACGCACUUGGCAGGAGCAAGUGCUGUUGCUAACGGAAUUCACCGCUACUGCCCUCGAAGUGAUCCUCUACCAGGAGGACAACACUGAUCCUGGUCCCCCCGUUGUCGAUAUUACCCAAUUACAACAAGUAGACCAGCACUCGUCGCAGGAGAAGAAUGUAGCAGCAAGGGGUGGCGGUACAAAAGUAUGGAAAUAUUCUGCGGAAAAACUGGCGCGACAGCUGCGUACUCUGAGAAAAGAAAGCACCUCUAGGACAAAUGAAAUUUGCACACACACUCUUGCAGCAUUGUUGAACGAGAAGGCGCAGCAGUUCAGCAGCAGUGAGACAAGCGGGAAGCGAUCGCCAGGUAAGAGUAAAGAGAACAUAAUUGGCACUACUUCUACGACAUUGCUGGGCAUAAAUACCACAGGACGCGGCACUACUUCUUCGCCACUUAAGGCAGGAGAGGAAAGAAUAAGUUCCACAACGUACUUUGCAGACGGAGUCGAGAAAGAGAAGCAGUUUCAGCAGUACUUUUUGCAGAAUUUUCUUGUCCCGCUGUGGCAGGAAACGGCAUUGCGACAGGACCUUGUUCGAGAUUUCGACGCAGCGUUUGCGCAGCUCGCUGCCGCUAACGGAAAGGGCGCAACGUCGCAGCUCGGUGCGAUCACGCGGCGUGAGAUCCAGAGGACGUUGGUGAUCUGGAUGGAAAAGCCAUUUCUUCAAGACCUAGCGGGUUCGGAAGAUCAGUGCGGGUUUGCGAUUCAUUGGCAUCAAUUUAUUUCAUCUCCGUCGAAAUAG